GCCUUUCCUUGGCAGAAGGCGUAAGAGAAAAGCAUUGCAAAUGCCAAUUGUCUGUCAAAAGCCAAUGAAUUGAGCACAUAUAAGUUGUUUUAAUAGGGUGGUAGUACAUUUUUGAGAACAUACAUAACGUUUCUUAUCGGCUUGCUGAACUUGUAAAGGAGACGUUGAUCAGAUUGUCAGUUUGUUUUGCAUACAUUAUUGAGACAAUUGAGACGUAUCAAAAGUGUUGCUGGGUAUUUAGUUCCCUAUUGGUCGCUUCUUCGUCUUUGGAUUUAGCCAGUGUAGGAUCCUUCGUCCGCAAUUGGUAAAUGUGGGACUUGUGCUUUACUUGACACUCGAUCGAUUGCUGCCUAUUUCUCUGUGGAUUUAAACUUGUAAAGAACUUUUCCGUUGCAAGGUGUUUUCUAAAUAAACUUUUUCUUAUAAAGAUGAAUACGAUCGUUCUUGACCAUCGGGGAGAGUUACUAAGCUUCUUUCGAUGUCUUGAUAUGCUUUGCUACGCUGUCAUAAUACAGCAAUACUAUAAAGAUCCUGUCAUUCUCCUCUUACUAUUAAAAGUAUUUGUGCAAUUGAGUUACCUAACUCCCAAACCGUUUUUGCAAUUCUCGUCGAUUCCUCUUUUCUACCCUUUAUUAGUCAGUUUUUUCAUAUCGCUGCUCUCGCGACUCCUCUUUAGUCUUCCGAGUCCUGGGGAAGGUUUAGACGGAUACUUGUAUGGAGGUUCAAUUAUUGAUUUCAUUGGGGAAAAAGCUGUAUCUUCUUAUUCUUCAUUGAUUUUAUCCGAUUUUUUUCUCUUUAUCCUUCAGACAUUUAUGGCCCUAACGUUGGUAUCUAGUAACCAAAAGGCUUUCAGGGCCUCCGUUAACCAAAAUUCAAAUGAAACAACCCCUCCUCCAUUAUCGCAAACUUAUCCUGAACAACGUGGAAGUGACCAGAGCGAUCAGCACUCUGUGGAUGGUGAACAAAGACAGACAUUGUUAAGAUCACAAGUUGAGAGGGAACGCCAGCAGUUAUUUACUCGAUUUUCCCAAUCGAUUCGCAGUCUGCGAAGUGGCAUGUCCGCAUAUCCUUUUGCAAACUCGGUUCCAUUAGCAAGAUCGAGUUCUGGUUCUUCUACGAUCCCUACUAUCGAAAUUAAAAAGAGCGAUUGGAAACAUUUAUUCUGGAAGGUAGACCCUCUUGCAGAAAUUUCUUCGUUGAACACUCAAGAUAACGACCCAGCCCAUCUAGCUUCGUUCUCUUCCACAAACAAUUCUUGAUACUACCUCUCGUGUUUUGUUAGAAAAUACCUAGAUUUAGAUGAUAUGUCGCCAACUGGUCCAAACAUUACAUUAUAAAACUAUGUGCAUUUAUGUAACUGAAGUCAUGACCUGGUGAAAACUUAUAGACAUUUUAUGAAUCAUUUGACACGUUUACUACCUUUUAUUCAGAGAUUGAUAGAAGUACAAACGUUGAAUGAAAAAGAGAUUGAAUAACUGUUAUAUCGCCGUUUGUCAUUGCAGCAACUUUCAAAACAGCCUUGACGCUAUAAAGAUUUGUCUCGACAGCAGUAGGAUCAAGCGCAGCCCAGUACAAGUAAAACAAUGUGUGAGCUAUGAUAUGAAUUGGUUUCAAUUCUUUGCCCGCUAUGAUCGUGAUUUCUUGGAAGAAUCUGUCACAUACAUCUUUGAACAUGAAUUUGAUAGCUUUUACAAACUCAUGGAACAUAAACCUUUUUUUCUUUUCUUUUUUCUAUGUAAUGAAAGCCGUGCGCUAUGACUUUUGCAUGUAGCUUUGAAUGUCAAGAGCACAUGCCAGUUCGUUAGGUCCUUAAGCAAUGAAAAAGAAAAUAAAGACAGAAAGCAAAUUUAUGUGGAUGCAACUCCAUUUUAUCCAACGUAAACGCUCUUCUAAUCUUCCACAUGAAGAAAUUCUUUUGUUAUCGAAGCUAAUAAAAUGUGGCCUUAGGAAGGCGCGUUUUCAUUUUUUCUUUGUGUAUUUCACUUCUUUUCUAAAGUUUAUUUAGUAAACAAUGACUUUAAAUACUAACAUACUUCUGCAGCCAACCUAGCAGCCUCUGCAGGUGGUAAAUCAGCACCACUAGAGACAGUUGGUGUCCCUGUUAAUUUUCUUCCGGAAUUGAGCUUAGUAUUCUGCUGCUUAUGAAUGUCGUUUUGGAUUGGUUUCUCUAUUGUCGAGGGUUGCUGGGAACGAUUUUGGAUUUGUUCAACAUCGACGUUCCGAUUUUUAGGUUUCUUAUGGCAAAUUGACAAAACUUGACCCAUUUUCGAUCUGCAAUCGAUUUGUCUGCAUUUGGUGCGUCUCUUGUGGAAAACAAGGUGGUGAAGAUAUAUAGUCGUUUGUUUACAUAAAAGAAUAGUCGGCGUAGUAACAAAAAAUAAUAAUAAUAAAAAACCUACGCCGAAUUACUUUAGAACGAAAAUUUUGAAUCGAAUGCUUCCAAGAAUGAAAACAGUACCUUUAUAAAUGGAAAGGAAAUAACAUACUUUCGAUUUCAGAAUUGGAACAAGCUAAAACUCUGACCGACAAAAGGUAAAAAAAAACAAAAAGAAAAACCAUUAUAUUUAUAUAAGUAGCAAAAACAAUUCCUAAACCCAAUUGAACCCAUUUUUAUCAGCUUUCCUAUUCAGCAUCUACGUCUACCGAUCCAGGUUCAAUAUCGUCCGGUUCAAUUCGAUCGGGAUCGCGAGGCUCUUGAUCCUCAUGCCACUGUGUAGCAUCGUCGAUAUAACUGAGAACCUUCUCUAUACUUUCCUCAUUAUGACUUUCUAAGGGGAUGAAAUUUACCAUGUUAAAGUCAUCAAUCAACUGCACGAUGCAUUGAUUUAACUCGUGGAAUUUGGGAUUCAUUUUUUCAUUUAUUUCACCAACCAGCAAAAGAGGAUCCGUGUUCAUAAAUCUUUUCAGGUCAGCACGGCUAAUACUGUUAUUGUCCUUCAGUAAAUCCAUUUUACUGAGCAAGUUGAGAUGAGGAAUUUCCAGCAUAACCAUAGCACUCAUAGCACUAAGGACACCGGCAAAAAAUUUGGCCCGGUCGACUAAGAAUUGACUUUCUAGUAAAUACAGCGCACAUGGUCG